UAUUAUCAUACAGGCAGCGGAGCGUGGCGGCGCGGAGCGGAGCGGUGCGUAGCGGCAGUUGAAGAAACAAAUCAUUUUGUUUCUUGCGAGCGGCAGGAGCGGCAGAGCGAUGGAUGUAGAGCAGCUAAUUGUUGAAGUGUUCGCCAGAAAGCCUUUGUGGCAAGUGAAAAAUUGCCAGCAUCACAAUCGAGGUGUGAUAGAUAAAUUGUGGGGAGAAGUUGCAUCAGCUUUGGAGUCUGAUACAGAAGAAUUGCGUAAGAAAUGGAAGAAUUUGAAAGACCGAUUCAGGAAGGAGCUGAGAAAAAUAAGAGAUAAGAAGUCAGGUGCUGAUGGGGCUACCCAACAGGAAAGUGACUGGCCAUUUUUUCCAUUGUUGCACUUCUUACGGGAUCAGAUGACUCCAGCACAGAUGAGCGGUAAUUUGCAAGAAAUGACAGCUUCUGAAAUCCAUGAUACAGCAGGAAACAGUGAUGAUGAGGGAGGACAGGAGACACAAGUACGGUUUGCAAGUGAAAGAACAGUAGAUCGACCGCAAACACCUCCAAACACGUUAGUUCGGACACCAGAUACUCAUGAGCUUGUUCGAAAAAGGAAAAGAGACAAUUCACAGGACGUGGCCACGCAGAAGCUCUUACAAAUAGAGGAGAAAAAACUGGAAUUCCUACGAAAGGAAAACGAGCAAGAGAAAAAUGAUGACUACCAUUUUUGUAUGAGCAUUAUUCCACAUAUGAAUAACUUCACCUCGCGACAAAAAUUGCGUGUGCGUAACAGAAUUCAAAGUGUGAUUAUUGAAGAGUUAGAUAAAAUAGAAGGCACACAGACUAAUCAAGAUGGGCUAACAGGAUACGUGUACGGGGAGGACGGUCACUAUACACAAUUACCAAUUCACAACAACCAGUCAUACCUCCCAGGACCUUCUCAUAUUUAAGUUGUUGAAGUUUUUAGCAUGGUUGCAGUGUACAACAAUUUUUUAUUUGUUUUAAAUAUCAAGCAGUGUUUUUAUAUUUAUAACUAAUGACUAUAUUUAAUAUUUCUUUGUGAAUUCCUGGUUAUAAUAUGACAACGCAAUUGUGGUAUGUAGGUAUCUAUGUAAUGGUAUUUCACGUUUGAUUUUCUUUUAAACGUAAGUAGUAAAACUUGAUUUACUUUGUUAAGGCAUAUAAUUUUUUUUUUGUCGUUCUGUCCCUACAUAAUGAUUCAUUUCUUGUCACUCCACAUGAGUAACAACGUUAAUUGUUUCAAAUAACAUUUAUUUAACAAAGAAAAGCAAGAACUGUGCCAUACGAAUAAUUUGAACCUAUUGAAAAUUUGUGAGAUAACACUUAAUAGUUAAAGUAAAAAUAACGUCUUAAUCACCUUAUAGUUACCACCAAUCUUUCUUCAGCACAUAUAGGUCUCCUCCAGUUUGUUUCUUGUUUCGUAAUAGUGGAACCGACUUGAUCAAGUAUGUACAUAAAAGUUUCCAGCGACAUUCUCAUGUACUGGAAAAAUCUGUCCGGAUGUCUUUUCACUACCGCGAAAAGGUGAUGAUAUUCACCAUUAUAACAUCUACUUUCACAUAUUUCAUGUAUCCACAAUCGUCUCCUUUUUUGUGUUAAUACAUUGUACUUCAAAACAGUAUUUUCAACGAGAAACAUACGGCGACGCACCUUCGACAGCGACAUUAUGAUACCAAUGAAUAGGUGUGUGAUUGCACUCCGCUGUGGUCUGUUCUGUCUGGAACACUAGCGCUGCUUGCCGCUUCGCUGCGGAACGCUGUCUGUGUGUAGCGCCGUCGCUGCGCCCCGC